CAAACUGUUGGCUCUCCACCUGUUCACUGGAACUCCACCGUAGCAGACUUCGCCGAAUCCUAUGCCGCCAAGAGGUCUGCUGACUGUGCGCUGCAGCACUCUCAUAACCAGGAGUAUGGGGAAAACAUUGCGUUGGCCUCUGCCGAAUUGUCUCCGGCGGAUGCCGUGAAGUCGUGGAUGGAUGAGAAGAAGGACUAUGACCACAAAUCGAAUUCAUGCAUCGGCGGCAUGAAGUGCCACCAUUAUACGCAGGCGGUUUGGGGCGGUAGCACGAGUAUUGGCUGUGCUAGGGUUACGUGCAAAACUGGUUGGAUGUUUGUCUCCUGCAACUAUUACCCUCCGGGUAACUAUAUGGGCGAAAAACCAUAUUAAAGGCAAUUUUCUUUCAUGAUUAUUAUGAUCUUGUGAAAUGCA